AUGUCUUCAACUGAAACUAUCGCUCGCCCCCGUCAGCCCGAUAUCCAAUACCAUCCUGACUGGGCGAAGUAUCAAGCACGAUCCCGCCGACGUAAGAAGAUUGAAACACUUCAGACUAGCUUGCCAGCAGGAUUUCCUCAACAUCUUGUCUCACCACUUGUUUGGGAUGGCAAAGAUAUUGAAAAGCGUGAUGACUGGAUCUAUCAGCUCAGCGAUGCUCAGCUUGAUGAGAUUGACGCCGCCUUGAUGAGCUUCAAAGCUCUCAGGAAGCCCUUGGGUCAUUUGAACGAGUUAAAUUUCCCUCUUCCAACCUUUCGACCCAUCCUGAGAGGUCUUUCAAAUGAGCUUCACAACGGCCGAGGAUUUUUCGUCCUCCGAGGUCUACGCAUUGACAGUUAUUCUCGAGAAGAUAAUGUCAUCAUCUACACGGGCGUUUCAUCUCAUAUUGGCAGUAUUAGGGGACGUCAGCAAGACACAAGACUGCAAGAUGGAACAUCUCCCAUGAUUUCGCAUAUCAAGGAUAUCACCGGCAUUACUGAGGAAGGAAAGAUCGGGGCACCAUCCAACACAGCGGAUAAGCAGGUGUUUCAUACAGAUGCUGGAGAUAUUAUCUCACUUCUCUGCUUGAGUCCCGCCGCAGAUGCGGGCGAAAGCUAUCUUUCAAGCAGUUGGAACGUAUACCACAUUCUUGCAAAGGAGCGCCCUGAUCUGAUUCAUACACUCUCGCAAGACUGGCCGGUUGAUGGGUUCAACAAUCCUCAGAAGCCAUACACACUUCGCCCCCUUCUAUACCACCAACCAGCUACAGAAAACACGCCCGAGCGAAUUUUGAUUCAGUAUGCGCGGAGAUACUUCACCGGAUUUCUCGCUCAACCCAGAUCCGCGGACAUCCCUCCCAUUACCGAGGCCCAAGCAGAAGCAUUAGAUGCGUUGCAUUUCCUAGCAGAGGAGCACAGCGCUGCCUUAGAUUUCCAAAAGGGAGAUGUCCAAUAUGUCAACAACCUCAGCAUAUUCCACGCCCGUAACGGCUUCAAAGAUGCACCGGGAAAAGAACGACAUCUUUUACGACUCUGGCUGCGCGACCCUGAGAAUGCUUGGAAGACGCCUGAGCCACUUCAGCAUCGCUGGGAUAUAUUGUUCAAAAACGUCACCGAGGACGAACAGGCAUUUCCUCUUAAUCCUGGUAGUCUGCGUAAGACAGUGGGGUCUUAG